GUGACUUAAUACACAAACACCACGGAGAGAGGGUGUGCAGAGUCCCUAAAGGAGGGGUCGCUCCCAGCGGUGAGGACACCGAAGUAACCAGGCCUGGCUCCGGAACGUGAAUUAAAACAGCGACAUGUACUGGAGGAAGUGCUCACCGUGCUAAGCUGCAGCCAUCGAUGAAGACUAUCAUGAAGGCCAGAGCUUGUAUAAGAAAGGAGUACAGCAUCCUCUUCCUCUGUCUGGCUGUGGCUGUUUUAAUCCUUGUGUUACGUAACAUGGAGAUCCUGAAGACCCCCAGCCAGUUUCAGCAUGAGGUGAACUCCACCAUCAUGGCCCCGAGAGUUUCCACUGACCCUGACGUGCAUCGGGGCUUCUGCACCUUCCAGCCACUGUCCCCUGAGGACGCUGUGGAGGAACGCCUCCUACUGGACUCCAUUGCUUGGCCUGAAACUCCACUAUUGCCAACUCCUCUUAUCCUGGAGCAGACCAGUGACCCAGCUCACAGCACCUUCACCAUUCUCCCAGGGAGGGGGGGAGGACAGUGGCACGUAGGGGAUCAGCUGGAGGUUAGGAUCAAUAUGUCUGAUUUCCAGGGCCGUCCCAAGAAGUCUGGGGGAGACUUGUUACUCGCCCGGCUGCACAACCAGAAGCUUGGUGCAGGUGUGGCUGGAACGGUGGUGGAUCAUCUGAAUGGCAGCUACUCUGCUGUAUUCUCUUUACUCUGGGAAGGAGACGCGCAGGUUGAGGUAAUGCUAUACACUAACAUGUUAAAUAUGGUUGUACUGUAG